AAAGUAAUUUUUUUGCAAAAAAAAAAAAAACCUUAAAAUAAUUUUAGUUUAAAAACUUUUUUAAAAUUUUUUUUUAUUUUUUUGAAACAAUGAGGAGGGAGAGGUUGAUAUUGAAUAGUAGAGGACCGGCAAUGAGAGCACUAACGUCCGUUAGCAUUUAACGGCUAAAAUGUUUUGAAAAAACCAUACGCCGUCAUCCUCCGCCAUGUAUAAAUCAAAAUCACAGCAGUAGAUCCAUUUCUUGAAUCUCUUCUCGCUCCGUUCGGCAGCCUCCGAUCUUCAUCAACUGAGAUAAAAAGAUGGGGCUGUCUUUUGCCAAGUUGUUCAGUCGGCUCUUUGCCAAGAAAGAGAUGCGAAUUCUUAUGGUGGGUCUUGAUGCGGCUGGUAAGACCACCAUUUUGUAUAAGCUCAAGCUUGGAGAAAUUGUCACCACCAUUCCCACAAUUGGGUUUAAUGUGGAGACUGUGGAGUAUAAGAACAUCAGCUUCACCGUUUGGGAUGUUGGUGGUCAGGACAAGAUUCGACCCCUAUGGCGACAUUACUUCCAGAAUACUCAGGGGCUUAUCUUUGUGGUUGAUAGCAAUGAUCGUGACCGUGUUGUUGAAGCCAGGGAUGAGCUUCACCGCAUGUUGAAUGAGGAUGAGCUAAGGGAUGCUGUGUUGCUUGUUUUUGCAAACAAACAAGAUCUCCCAAAUGCCAUGAAUGCUGCUGAGAUCACUGACAAGCUUGGUCUCCAUUCUCUUCGUCAACGCCACUGGUAUAUCCAGAGUACAUGUGCAACUUCGGGGGAAGGUCUCUAUGAGGGACUGGACUGGCUUUCCAACAACAUUGCUAACAAGGGUUGAGAAAUGGGGUCAAUUACAAUAACAUUUUGGAAAAACAAUCUUUGGUCAAGAUUGGAGCCUUUUAUGUGCUACAUGGUGGUGUUUGAUUGAUUUUUAUUUUAUUGUAAUUUUUGCAAGAAUGUAUCCAGUUUGUGGUAGUUAUUACCGUGUUAGAGAUUGGUAUUUUACCCAUGUAGAAUUGAAAUAAUUCUUUGUUUAGUGUUCAUAUAUUUCCAUUGUUAAGGCGUUAUGAAUUGUAUUGUCUACAUGUUAUUCAUUCCUUUAUCAAUGAUUGUGCUGAUUCAAUAAGCAUGUCAUUCUCCU